AUUUUUCUGAAGGUUCACAUCCAGCAAUGGGUGACGAUUCCAUUCCCACCUUGACUCUUCAGCCGUCGCCUCUGAGUGUGGCCUUGCAGCAGCUGCAGGAGGUCUUCGCCAACGAGUGCGCCCCGCAGCUCAUCGAUGUGGCCAUACUCCGGGCCAAGGGCAACGUGGAAGCCGCAAUCGAGUGGAUCUGCGAGCAAAUCGAGAGCCAGCAGGCUGCUGCUGCCGGAGGGUCUGCCCUCAGAGCUGAGGCGCAGAGCCAACCGCAGCAACAGGGGCAGCAGCAGCAGCCGCCGCAGCAGAGUGCGGAGGAGGCUGACCGACUGCUGGCGCAACAACUAAGUGAAUUCGGGUAAGAACGAAGACGGAUGAUCAUCGUGUGACUCCCAGGCAUCCUCUCCUUGAUGUGUCUGUGUGUGGUUUGAUCAUCAGGGACACGGGGGCUGACUUGGAGCGACUGUUUCCCUCCAAGGACCGCCAGACUACAUCAUCGAGGCCCUCCCGGCCGCCCAGGGCCACUGGCGCCUCCCCCAGCCCCUCCCCCUCCCCGCCCCCCCAAUCGCAAUCGCGGCUGCCCAACUGGCUGGGCUCCAUCAUACAAAGCACGCGAGAUACCGUCAAGCAGGCCAGGCAACGGCAGCCCACCAGCAGCGGCGGCAGCGGCAACAACAGGGCUGAUGUCGAGGAGACCACCGGCCAGACGCCUUUCACUGCAGAAAAGCUUAAGGGUGAGGGGAGAGGGGGGAGCACAGAACUACCAAUGGAUGGAUGGAUGGAUGGCUCCUCUUAUUCUUGCGUCUGUGUGUGCAGAGAUCCGUCAGCGGAUGAAGCAGGGUGUGCAUCGUGUGCUGCGGUCGUCAUCCUCUCUGCUCAACCGGCGUCGGCAGGCCCCUCUGCCCCACUACCCCUCCCUGACGGAGACCAGCGAGGACGACCUCACCAUCACAUUCGGCAGGCGGGGAGUGCGUGCGGGGCCGCAAGAGGUCUACCAUGACGACGAUGAGUUCUGGGGGCUCGACAGGCGGAACGGCGAGGGCGGCCAGGGGGGUGGUGGUAGAGCUGGGGGCCAGGGCGACGGCGUGGACCCCCUGUCGGAGCUCAAGCCGCAGCCUGUCGAUUUUGGAGACGCCAUUGAGGCGCCCUCUCCGUCGAAGGUACGUCUGUCUCUUGCGUAAACACGCGUCGUUGAUGCAGCAUGACAUGAAUGGAUCUGGCGUGCUUAUGUGUCUGCAGGUUGGUGGUGCUGCCCGGGUCCCACCUGCGGCGCAGAGGGACACAUCAACUGCAGCAGCUGCUGCUGCUGAUGGCGGGUCGUCGGGGGCGGACGUGCAAGUCAUCUCUAUCAGUACUGAUGGAUGCACGGGGCGAUCCCACAAUGGUCGGUGAACCGCAGGGUUGUUGGUGUCUGUCUGUCUGUCCUCUGUGGUAUGUCAGGCACGCCCCCCGACACCCCCGAUGCAUCCCCCACCCACCAGCCACCGCCAGCCUUCCCAGCCGAUGACAACGCAGACGCAUCGGAGGCCCCCGCCAAACCGGGUGCCGGUGACGAUGCUGGUGAUGGACCGGCAGACGGCCAGCAGCAGCAAGAGGGAACAGCUGAGGAAGGGCCAGCUGAUGGGGAUCAGUGAGUGUGCUGGCUGGCUGGCUCGGUGGAUGGAUGGACGGGUUGAGUGUUUUUGUCUGUCUGUCAUCUAAUUCGAUACGACGUGUCAGUCUGUGAUGUGUGUUUGAUUGGGUUGGUGUGAUGGAUGGUGUAUGUAUUCAUUUAUCGCAUCAUUCUUGUAUGCGCCAGUCUUGCUGUCUGUCCGGCUCUCAUAAGCACCGUUUCCACCAUUUCCAUGUGAGUGAAUGAGACUUAUUCUUCCCUGUCUUCGCUCAUGCCUUUUCAUGCCGGUCGUGUUGGUUGCCCUGGCUAUGAGCCUUCUCAGAACCAGAGCAGUCAACACGGCCGGCAAGCAAAGGCAUGAGCAGAAGAACGGGCGAAGAGGGGGACCGAUGGAUGACCCUUGCUACGAUAGAUACUCAAUGAAACAUACAUUCUCA